AUGGCAUUAAAAAGAUGUUCUCAUAAUGAAAACUUGUCCAUUAUUGAAGGUGAUGUGCACUGUCUGUCCGAAUUGAGGAUCGUCCUUCUCGGAGGCCGAAAUUCUGGUAAGAGCCUUGUGGGAAACACAAUCUUAAAUCAAGAAGAGUUCAUCCUCCAGGAGCGAACCACAUGUCUGAAAAGAGAAGUUGAGGUUCAAGGAAGAAAUGUCAUUAUGGUGGACACCCCAGGCUGGUGGUGUGACUUCACAGCAAAAGACACUCCUGAGCUUGUCAGAACAGAAAUCAGACGCAGCAUCUACCUAAGUCUCCCGGGUCCUCACAUCUUCCUCCUGGUGGUUAAAACAGACUCAUUGUUCAUAGAAAAGCGCAGGAAAGCCAUAGAGGAGCAUUUAGAGCUCCUCGGAGAGAAGGUGUGGAGUCACACUCUGGUUGUGUUUACGAAGGGCAAAAACUCUGGAGAUAAAUCAUUUGAGGAUCAUGUUAAGGCAUCUGGUAAACCUCUUCAGUGGCUCCUGGAGAAAUGCAGUGGAAGGUUUCAGUUUUUUGAUAUCCAAAGAACAUGCAAUGAUACCAAGGUAAUGGAACUAAUGGGGAAAAUCACUCAAAUAGUGGAAAGAAAUGAAAGAUGUUAUUUUGAAAUGGACAAAAGGACUUUACAAGAGAUGGAGCAAAGAAAAAGAGAAGUGGAGCUCAAGGCUCACCAGAGAUUGAUCAGGAUACAAAAUCAAAAAGCCAACGUAAAAGCACGCUCAUAUCAUCCCAAAAACAUUCGACUUGUCUUGCUCGGAGCAAAGGGGUCAGGGAAGAGCUCGACAGGAAACAGCAUUCUAGCAGUAGGAAGUGACCAAAGGUUUACACACAAAAAGCGAACAACGCGAUGCAUGAUGAAAACAUGCACAAUGGCAGAAAAACAGCUGACACUGGUGGACACACCUGGUUGGUGGAUGAACUACUUGACCCAGGACUCUACAGCUUUUGACAAACAAGAAAUAGUCAACAGCGUGUACCUGUGUCCACCUGGUCCCCAUGCUUUUAUUUUGGUGGUGCGGGUUGACAGGUCCUUCACAGAGAUCUACAGAAGGGCCACUGAAGAGCACUUGGAGCUUAUAUGUAAGGAUAUCUGGAGACAUGUUAUGCUGCUCUUUACCUAUGGUGACUGGCUCGGUGACACAACCAUUGAGCAGCACAUAGAGAGUGAAGGAAAGGCGCUCCAGUGGCUUGUGGAGAGAUGUGGAAAUUGCUAUCAUGUUAUGAACAACAAGAGUCCUGGUAAUAGGUUUCAGGUGGCAGAGCUGCUGGAGAAGAUAGAGGACAUGAUGGCGGGGACUGGUGUGAGCCAUUUUAAAAUAGAUAAGAGUAUUUUUGAAGAGCUUGAGAGGAGAAAGCAAGAAGAGGCAAAGAGGGUACAACUGCGGCGUGAGAAUGUGCAGGGGAAAAGACAAAGCUUGAACGCUUUCAAGGGACAUAUACCACUACCCAAAGUCAUUAGAGUCAUUCUCCUGGGUGGGAAACAUUCUGGCAAGACCUCUGCUUCCAGAUGCAUUUUGGGUAAUGAGGUAAAAGAGACUGACAGACAAAAUCUCAUUAGGGGUUCUGCUAUAAUCUAUGAGAAAAAAGUCGAAGUUGUGGACACACCAGGCUGGACGACCGAGUGUUCAGAUUCAGAGUUUAACAAGGAACUUCUCAAUAACGUUGUGACCUGUGUCCUACUGCUGGUGGUCAACGCCAGCUCCUCAUUUACAUUCAGGAACUUGAGAGCAGCUGAAAGUCAUUUGCAAGCUCUGGGUGACAAAGCAUGGAGCAGCACCAUUGUGUUGUUUACAUAUGGAGACUGGCUUGGAGAUGUAAGCACGGAGCAGUACAUUGAAAGUGAGGGAGAUGCGCUCCAAACGCUGGUGGAGAAAUGUGGAAACAGAUAUCAUGUUUUUAACAACAAAAUUAAAGAUUGCUGCACUCAGGUCGCACAGCUGAUGCAGAAAAUAGAUGAGAUGAUGUUAGAGCAGAUCCUUAACAGUGCUGUGAACAAAGAGAGAAUUGAACGGCCUUUGGUGGAUGGUGAAUUAGCAUUUGAUAGGAAGAUACAGAUGGGAGAAACACCAAUAACUCCUAGCUGCUCUUCUACAAAGAAUAACCCAGAUCUUGGUAGGUUUUCAGAUGUACAUUAUUUAGAGUAUAAUUUCCUAACAGCAAGAUUUAUUACGUUUCUAGAUACAAUGCAAUAUAAUACACUGACAAUGAUAAUGGAAUGGAUGUUUAAUGUUGUUUCAAUGUUUUACAUUCCAGGAGAGACUGGGUUCUCCAGAUCUUUGCUGCCUGAAACUUUUGGUGAAAAUCAAGCAUUGGAUUGUAAAAGUAUCCAAUUACAUAAUGGGAAUUUAUUACACAGAACCACUGGUCAAAGACUGAUAGUGAUGCGCAACACCUCUGAAUGGCUUCAUCAAAAUUAUCCAUUUAUUGGUGUGAAUAGAAGCGAAGAACCUGAACAACCCUCUCUAGCUGUGCUCAAUGUUACACCAGAUGACCAGCCAAGAAAUAAAUUACGAACACUAAGGACCGGAUCACGGGAGUGGCCCCGUCUUCAGUGGAGGUGUACGCAUUACACAGCUCGAACUGCAAAAGAAAGAGCGUUUGUGGAUUUUGUCCAAUCAGGAAGCCUCCAGGACUUAAUUGACCAAUGGGGUGAUAGUAACAUUAAAGAGCUAGAGGAAUUCAUAGACUCUUAUUUUGAAAUGGUGUGGCAGGAAACUGUAAAAGAUGUUAAGGAAGAGGAAUGCAGUAACACAAGCCCAAUCAAUUUUGAAAUUUCAGGCAUCACAGAGACCGGUUUAAAAUAUCUGGCCUCGAUUGACAGGAAACUGUCGAAACUCGACAUCCUGGAAGACGUUCAAAAAGACUUGAAGGAGCUGAAGCAAAACCUUAAACACUUUAAUCAGAUAUUACAGGAGCUGAGAGACAGGAGUAAAGAAGCCGGUAUCUACAGUCAAACGUCUGAGGCUAAAGAGUCAGAUGCACAAUGACCAGAGCUUUUCAAUGCUGAAACUGUCAAAAAUGGAUAAAUAAUAAUCAAUAUAUUAUUACUUCUGUCAUGACUAUUAUUAUGCUCUGUACAUGUCUAGAAUAUAAAGAAAGGAAGGCAAGGUGUGAAAUGUCAGGUUUGACAGCAGAAUACCUGGCCAUACUGUGUGCAUAGCAUACCAAUCCAC